UUCAAGCCCUAUUUGGUUUUUAUCAUCAGGGAGCGAUUUCCGAGCUCUCAGAAGGACUUCAACAAUCUGAUUAUUUGAAGGUGAUCACGAGCUUCAGGAAGUUGGAGACCCACAAAUGAAUCUGAAGUAAACAGAGAAUUGGUUGGCAGUGGCUGGCAGUUUCAUAUUGCAUAUUUAUUUCUAUUGUGAAGAGAAGGUGACCAUGGCAGGGCAACUGCUAGGGAAUCCUUCUCAGCAUGGGAGUAUGGAAAAUGGAGCCUACAUGGUGUUCAAUUAUACAUCAGAAGGGCCUCACUGUGCACCCAGGUGGUAUUUUAGUAGACAAGAAAUAGAAGAGUGUUCGCCAUCUAGAAAGGAUGGGAUUGAUUAUAAGAAAGAGAGCCAACUUCGCAAGUUAUACUGUUCAUUUAUUCAGGAGUUGGGCAUGAAGCUUAAAAUACCCCAAUUAACAAUUGCGACAGCGAUGAUUUUAUGCCACCGGUUCUAUAUGCACCAAUCUCAUGCAAAAAAUGAAUGGCAGACAAUUGCUUCAGUAUGCAUGUUUCUUGCAAGCAAGGUUGAAGAAACUCCACGGUUGCUGAGGGACACUGUUGUUGUGUCUUAUGAGAUAAUCUACAGGAGAGAUCCUCUUGCUGCACAAAGAAUAAAAAAUAAGGAAGUUUAUGAGAGACAGAAAGAACUAAUUUUAAUUGGGGAGAGACUUCUACUUGCAACUAUAGCAUUUGAUCUCAAUAUUCAACAUCCAUACAAGCCACUUGUUGCAGCUUUAAAGAGAUUAAACAUUUCCCGUAAUGACCUUGUAAAAGUGGCAUGGAAUUUUGUGAAUGAUUGGCUCUGGACAACAUUGUGCUUGCAGUACAAACCGCAUUACAUCGCAGCUGGCUCUUUGUUCCUUGCUGCAAAAUUUCAUAAAGUGAAGCUGUCUGCAGAUAGAGGAAAAGCUUGGUGGUUGGAGUUUGAUGUUUCACCUCAACGAUUGGAAGAGGUUAUCCAGCAGAUGCUUGGGUUGUUUGAGCAGCAGAACAAAAAAACUUCAAUUCCUUCUGCGCGUGAGAAGGCAAUCAAUGCUACAUUUGUUGAGAAGGCAGUUUCCUGCAGUUCACAAUCUUGUGUUCUAAGUGGGUCCAAUGCAGCUUCUAUUUCAAGUCAAGGUUCCGAAGGAGAUGUAGGUGGAGGUGCCCUGUCAACAAGUAAGAAAGACACUUCUAGCUCUGUUGAUGGAAAAGGAGAACUGCCACAAUGUCGGACAAGUGACAGUGGAAGCAGGAACAGUGUUGUUGAAGAUGACGAUGCAUCUGCAGAGGGUGAGGUUCAGGCGAGGGUGUUAGAUACCGAUCAUUUAUCAAGUUGUAAGAUGGUGUCUGUUAAUGUUGGCCUCAGUGAUUUCGACAAGGUUCGCAUUAGAGAGACGUUAAAGAGGAGGAGAUGUGAUGGGGCUUCAAGGAAUGUUGUUGUAGCAAUGGAUGAUGAUGAUGAUGCCUGGAUGGAAAGGGAACUAGAAAAUGGUUUAAAGCUGGAGUCUGCAUCUGGAGAAAGGAGACAAAGGAUGGUUUGAUGAAUGCUUGGAUUUGAACUGAGGCUCAAAUUAAUUAUUACAAGGCCUUUUACCUGUCCAAUAAGAAAGGAGGAAACAAUAAAAGGUUAUUGAAUCCGUCAACUAGAGAAUGUGUUGAUUGGAAGUCUGGACUCUCUACUUUAUCUGUGACUCAUCAAUUAAUCUAGGUGAGAUUAGGGUUGGAUCUGAUUCUUUUUCUUCUUUCUCUCUGACACAGUUAUACUAUUUU